AAAACAUUCAGUGCGGAAUAGUUGUAGGUCUAAUACAUCCAGUGUACCGUAUCUCCUCCCUCUUUCAACGUUGUUAUAUCAUAACGACAUUUAAUCAGUUGUGAAACAUUACAAGCAAAAACUUCUCUGUUGGUUUAAUAUUUAUUACUGUAACCUUGCUGUUUUUACAUAUCGAAUUAUCCAUCUAUCUAUCUAUCUAUAUAUAUAUAUAUAUUUACCGGUUAUAUAUAUAUAUAUAUAACUUGUCCGUCGGGAGGAAGUGGAAAAAGGAUUCAAAAACAAACAGAACGAAACAAAACAAAAUUUUUUAUCAGUAAAAAAAAAAACUGGUAGAAGAAGAACGCAUAAAAAAAGUAACAGACAAAAUGAGUAUAAACUAUAGCAAGUGGGAUCAUAUUGAGAUUUCUGACGAUGAAGAUGACACCCAUCCAAAUAUUGACACAGCCAGCUUGUUCCGCUGGCGUCACCAGGCUCGUAUUGAGAAGAUGGAACAGGCGAAAAAGGAGAGAGAAAGCUUUGAAGAAAGUGUCAAAACAAAUAAGAAAAGGUUAGAGGAAAAAAAACAGAAACUCAAUGAAGCUGAUAAGGUACCUUCAGCAGAAUUAGCCAAACUUAAGAUUGAAAUUUCUGAACUUGAAAAACAAGAGAAGGAAUUCCUUGAAAAAGAAGAAGCUCUUAAGAAAAAGGAAAAACUUACUCCUUGGAAUGUUGAUACCUUGUGCCAUGAUAAAUCUUCUAAAACUUUAAUAAAUGUAACUCAACCAAAAAGAGAAGAAAUGACUGAAGAAGAAAAAACCAGAAGGCAAGAAAUUUUCAUAAAAGAACACAAAAAAGAAGUUGAAAAGUUUGGCAUGAUUAAAAGACCUCAGGAUAGUAUGGAAUAUUUGUUAGAAAAUAAUCACUUGGUGUGUGAAGAAACAGCUAAUUACUUGGUUAUGUGGUGUAUUGAGCUGGAGAUGGAAGAGGUAAGAAAAAAAAAUUUAAUGGAACAUGUUUCCCAUCAGACAAUUGUGAUGCAAUUUAUUCUGGAACUUGCUAAACAGCUUGACCGUGAUCCUAGAGACUGUGUAAGAACAUUCUUUGGCAAGAUGACAAAUCCCAAUCCUGCUCAAGAGAAACAAUACAUGGCAGCUUUUGAAGAUGAGUUAAAUGCUUUCAAGGGUAGGGUUCGUGCCCGAGCCAAAGAAAAACUGGAAGAAAGCAUUAGGCAGAUUGAAGAGGAAGAGAGACAAAAGAGAUUAGGACCUGGUGGCUUGGAUCCAGUUGAAGUGUUUGAGACUUUGCCUGAUGUAUUGAAAGAAUGCUUUGAACAGAAAGAUAUCCAAAAAUUAAAAGACACAAUUGUAACCCUGGAACCCAAAGAUGCUGAAUAUCACAUGAAACGCUGUAUUGAUUCUGGUUUAUGGGUGCCUGAAGGUGGGGUCAACAAGAGUGAAGAGGAGGAAAGCAAUGUAGAGGAAGCCAGUACUGUUGAAUGAUUGACUAAUUCUGAAUUACUAACUUUGCCACUGGUAUCCUCUUCCCCUUAAAAAGCCAUGAUACUGAAUGAAACUGAAAUCUCAUGGCAGUGGUUACUCUCUCUCUCUUCACUCUCUACAAGAACAAAAAGAGAUGGGAGGGGGUGGUGGUGUUUUCUGCUAACAAUCCAAGUCAGUGUUGGGGAAGGAAGUAUUUGACUUUUCAGAUAUUACUAGUUUGACUGAACUUUUCUCUGAUUUCUCAACACCCAAUUCUUCCUGGGGUGGGUAGAUGGUGGAUCAUAUUGGUUCAGCUACUUCUCUCUGAAUUGGGUUGUGAAAAUAAAAAAAAGUUUUGGAAAAAAA